AUGGUUCAACAAACACCCACUACUGGCAGACCUUCGAUCGAAGCCAGAAGACAGCAUACGAAGCUUGAAGAUGUGCUGCCCCGAGACCAGCCGUCCUGGUGGAAGGUCCGGCAUUUGGUUCUACUCAACCUAUGCCUCGUCGUUCCAAUGAUGACGAACUCUUCCAAUGGUUAUGACGGAUCUCUGUUGAACGGCCUACAGUCUCUACCUCAAUGGCGGAACUACUUUGAUACUCCGACUGGAGCAAUACUGGGCGCCCUGUCCAACGCAUACACCCUGGGCAACUUUGUCGCAUUUCCGGUCGUGGCAUGGUUUAACGAUCGAUGGGGAAGACUGGGUGGACUGCGAGUCGGCUGCCUGAUCAGCGUCAUCGGUGCUGCGCUCCAAGCAGCUGCUCAGAACUACGCCAUGUUCUUCCUCGCACGAUUGAUCAUUGGAUGCGGAUCUGUGAUCGCUCUGGUCGGUGGUCCAACUCUGGUCUCAGAACUCGCAUAUCCGACUCAUCGAACGACUUGCACUGCCCUAUUUGGUCCAUCUUGGUAUACUGGAGCUCUCAUUGCCGCUUGGGUGACAUACGGAACACAAGAUAUGCAGUCGACCUGGGCAUGGCGACUGCCGUCUCUACUCCAGGGCGCGAUUCCUCUUCUCCAAGUUGUCCUUUCAUUUUUCAUCCCAGAAUCACCGCGGUUCCUUGUCAGCAAAGGGCGCGAAGACGAAGCUCGAGCAAUGCUGAACAGAUACCAUGCCGGCAAUGAUCCAGCAUAUGCAGCACUUGUCGAAUUCGAAAUCGACGAGAUCAAAGUUGCCCUCUCCGAAGCUGAACAAAGUAAAGAAGUGUCCUACGCAGCUUUCAUCAGCACAAAAGCCAACCGCCAUCGACUUUUUGUGGUCAUGUUCCUCGCCAUCACUUCGCAACUUUGCGGUAACGCCCUCGUUUCCUACUAUCUGAACCUCAUCCUCAACAGCAUCGGCAUAACCAGCGCACAAGAACAACUCGAAAUCAACGGCGGACUAAUUGCCUACAAUCUCGUAACAGCCAUCGCAGCAGGAUUCCUCGUCGGUCGACUCCGACGAAGACCAACAUUCGUCUUCGGUCUCGGUUUCAUGCUCCUCGCAUACAUCAUCUGGACAGUUCUCAGCGCUAUCAAUCAUCAACGGAAUUUCGAACAAGCUUCACUCGGACGAGGAGUUCUGGCUAUGAUCUUCUCUUACUACAUUAGCUACAACAUCAGCAUGAAUGCUCUGCCGAAUUUGUACAUCACGGAGGUGUUACCAUAUUACCUUCGAGCAAAGGGCACGACGAUUUUCGUUUCGACGCAAGGACUUGUGCUGGUGUAUAAUGGCUUUGUGAAUCCUGUGGCUAUGGAUGCGAUUUCUUGGAGGUACUAUAUUGUGUUUUGCUGUUUGAUUGCUGUGCAGGCUGUUGUGAUUUAUUUCGCGUUUCCUGAGACACACGGCUUUACCCUCGAAGAGACAGCUCAGGCCUUUGGUGAUGGCGCGUUUCAUACCACCUCAUCUCUUGAGUGCGGAUCCGCGAAGAACGAUGCCGACGCGGCGCCCAUUGACGAUGUUUCGACUGCGAAGCACUGA